AUUGAAUGCUAUAUAAACCUGUUCAAUUUUACUAUUUAACGAAGCAGAAGACGAAGCAACCUGCCCCCACGGUUUCUGUUUUUUUCGACGACUUUAGGACGUUAUCUUUAUCUUGUGAAGCUAAACAAACGCGGCUAACUCGACCACUACAACGUCCUAAAAAGCCAUUAAUUGGCUCAAAGUGAGGCCUGCUGGGUAAUCCAGAGAGGCUUACAGAGGAGUGGAGUGACAUUUAGGACCAGAACAGAACAGGUGAUCUGUCACAGGUGGACCGAGUGGCCCCACAGCUUCCCCCCUGCCAGCUGGUGAUCCAGUUGCUGGUCUUCAGUGUCUGACUCGGACAGUGAGACUGGGAUCAUGUCCAGGCGUAGUCUUUGUAGUCUACGUUUGGACGAUGGCCUGCUGGACCGCAGCCUUCCGCUCGGCAGCGCCUCCUUCAGUGUUGGAGGAAGCAGCUGGAGAAACGCCAGGGCGUUAAAGUCUCGUCGUUCUCAGCAGUCUGUCUCCUGCUCAGAGUCUGUCCUGGUCCACACUUCACAUAAACCCUCCGGCCAUUCGCUCCACAGCGUGACGUCCGACGCCUCGCUGAUGGCGUCCAUACUGGACGAGUCCUCCAUCCAGGAGACCACCGUGGUUGACUCCUUCUGGGGUUUGGACCAGGACAUGGACUUGAAAGAGAGCACCAUCAUGGCGGAGCAAAGCAGCGUUCUGGCCAACAGCACUCUGAUUGCUUCCGACGGCCGCUGUCCCAAACACCCGGUCCAGACGCUGACCCGAGUUUCCUGCAAAGACUGCGAGUCAGACAGGAAAGAGUCUGGAACUAUGAACUGCUCCUCAAAGUACACGUCAGCGACCGCCUUGGAAUCGUCCACCAUCUACUGCAGAGACCGAAGGCGGCGGCGGCUCGGAACAGCCAGUGUUCUGAGGCGGUACCUUUCUUGUGUCUUUGCUACGCUGGUGGCGUUCUACCGACAGUUGCACAAACAUCACCAUGUGUCAGAUGUUCUGCAGCUGUGCUGGGACUGGUCCCUGUUUGGCGUGAGGAGGGCGGCGUCCUGUUGUCACUUUGCGCUGACACGGGCGUGGGUGCUAUGCCGGGGCUCGAGCUCAAAGACCACAAGGGUCGGCAGUCGGGAUGGAACUCGACAUGGAGGUCCUGGCUCUCGUCUUGACCACGGCGGCGCCAUGAGCACCAAGCAGGGGGGGCAUCAUGCCUACGGAUCUCUGUGUGACGGCUGUAAGAAAAAGCAGCGAGCGGAGACGCACCACGUCGGCUCGUCUUCGUCCGCUCGGGCCUCGGCUCUCCGCUGCUUGUUGGCGCUCACGUGGAACAUGGCUGUGUUCACAGUGUGGUGUUUGCGUCGGCUGGCCUCACUCACCUGGACUCUGACCACGACCAUCUUGUCUUCUUCUCACGGCCUCAGACGCUCUGCAGGUCGGACAUCGGGCGGUGUGUUCAGGUGGAUCAGCAGAAGAUGGGGUGACUGUCCUCUGCUGACUUGGUUUCCAGUCGGUGUCUUCGUGGUCCUCCUGCUUCUCAGUUUGUGUUGCUUCGGUCCCGCUGGUCUACCGCCUCUGAGCGACCCCGAGUGGAGGACUUCAGUCUCCGAGGUCCCGGUUCUGUCCUCCGUCUUCAGCCUGGUUUCCUCAGAGGGCGCCGUGGAGGACUCGAAGGAGGAAGCGACGGCAUCAGAGUCUGAACGCCUUCUCCGCCUGGAGCGCAGUCUGGCGUCGCUGUGGGAACGCGUGGAGGUUGGUGGGCGGCGAGCGGAGCGAAGACGGGGCGAGCUUCUGCAGAUGUACUUUGACCUGCGGCAGCGUGACUCCGCCCACAACGGCCAUCUGUGGUGGCGCAGCCUGGUGGACCAGCAGCUGACUCGGCUGAGGAGGAGACUGGAUGAUGACAGACGGCAGAGGGAACAGGAUUUAGUCCAGCAGCAGAGCCAAACGUCUCGUCUGGAUCAUCUGGAGGUGGAUCUGCAGAACGUUGUGGCCAAGACGGAGGAGGUCAGGUUGAGGCAAGAAGCAAUGGCGUCACCUUCAACGCUUCCUGCUGCUGUCGGCGUCCCUGUGGACCGUCAAUCCCAUGACUCCUUGCUGGCAGAGGUGGGCCGUCUGGCGGCGGCCCUGGAGGACAUCAGGCGGGACGUUGAAGUUCUGUCAGGAUGUCAAGAUGGCUGCCGGCGACUGGAUUUGGUCCAGCAGACCAUUUCAGCACAGGUCCACGAGGAGGUCCGGGUUCUGCUCUAUGGGAAAGAGCUGACAAAUGGGGGCGGGGCCUCUACAGCUCACGGCGUCCUGCCAGAGUCGCUGCUCCGCUGGCUGUCCGAGCGCUACGCCACCCGUGCUGACCUGCAGGCGUCUUUGGCCUCGCUGGAGCGCAGCAUCCUCCGGAACAUCAGCCUUCAUCUGGAUCAGCGCCGCAGCGAGGGCGAGGUCACGGAGGUCAGGGAGGCUGCCAUGCACGGCGGCGGGUUGGCCGUGACCAGGGAGGUGAGGAAGGCGGCUGCUAACCCAACUUCCUGCCGUUUUUUCGUCACUGCCUGGUUUGUUUGGCUGCAGGAAGUCAACGUGAUGGUGAAGAACGCGCUGCGCCUCUUCUCUCACGACCGGACCGGCCUGGCCGACUACGCUCUGGAGUCUGGAGGGGGCAGCAUCCUCAGCACUCGCUGCUCCGAGACCUACAAGACCAGAGCGGCGCUGGUCAGUUUGUUUGGACUUCCUCUGUGGUACUUCUCUCAGUCUCCCCGCGUCGUCAUCCAGCCUGACGUCCAGCCGGGAAACUGCUGGGCCUUCAAAGGCUCCACGGGCUUCCUGGUGAUCCGGUUGUCCAUGAGGAUCUUCCCCACCGCCUUCUCCCUGGAGCACAUCCCAAAAGCCUUGGCGCCCAGCAAGACCCUGCGUAGCGCCCCGAGAGACUUCAGCGUCUACGGUCUGGAUGACGCGAGUCAGGAAAGAGGGACGCUGCUGGGCUCGUACACGUACGAUGAGGACGGAGACGCUCUACAGACGUACUCUGUCACCGAGGAGAACGACAAAGCCUUCCAGAUCAUCGAGGUCCAGGUGUUGUCCAACUGGGGCCACGUGGAGUACACGUGCAUGUAUCGCUUCAGAGUGCACGGCUCGCCCUGUGAUACCUGAAAACCUCUUUUUUAUUUAUUUAUUUUAAGCUCUAUUUCAGAGCUUUUUCUUUAUUUCUAGUUCUGACAAGAAUGUUUUACAAUAUCCUGCACUCUUGUUUUUUUUUUUUUUUUUAAGCUUAACUGGAUGACAACCCAAACAUUUCCAACUGAGUGACCUUGAAUGCAAUACAGGGAGUUUUCAAAGUGACCUUCGGUUUGUGCCAUUUCAAAUGUAGCUUUGACUGAAUGUAACAUUACAAUAAGAUGCCUUAAAAUUGCCUUACACUGAACUCAAUGUUUUAUUUGCUCUUCAGUGAUGGAAGAUAUUUGCUUAUGUGUGUAUGUCUUAUGUUUCCUUUUAUGUUUUUCUAUGAUAUGAAAAUAAAGAUGAUAUUUCUUAG